UCGCGAGCGUCGUUGGACAACAAAAUCGACGGUCCAUAUUUUCCCCCGCAAAUGCAAUGAUCCAAGAGAAAGCCUCUGGGAAAAGCUCUUUAACUCUGUUGCAAGCCAGCUCUGUAGUACUUCUGUUUCAAAAUGUCACGGACGAGAAAGUCCAACAGAAAUAAAAAACCCACCACCGUCGAAAUCGUCCUCGACUCCUCCGACACGGACACCGUCACCGACUCCGACUCCGACUCCGACUCCGACUCCUCCGACCUACACUCUCCAAUCUCAGAGCUUUUCAGACACAAUGUGUCGAAACAUCGCUCGUGCUGGAGGCAUGUUUUUUCGUCUUCGAUUGUUCAAAAGAAGAGAAUAACUCUAGGGGAUAUUAAAGAGGUAAAGAAGAGUUCCAUGUGCCUUUUGGAAUGCCCUCCCCGCUUCACUCGCCGCGAGAGGUCAAAGAGAUUUGGGAAAAAAGAAGAGGUGAAAGAGCUGAUGAGGCCUCACAAGGUUGCUGAGCGUGCAGUUUCACGAAAAAGGGAAAAGCUAGACUCUGGAGCUUUCAUGCGUUACUUUGAGAACUUGUGGAACAGCUUUUCAGAAGACAAGAGGACCUCUUUCGCUUACCUUGACUGUUUAUGGUUUAGCUUGUACUUGCAACAAAACAUUCACAAAGAACUUAAACGAGACAUUAAGACCAAGGUGCUGAAGUGGAUUAAGAAUAAGUGCAUCUUCUCAAUGAAAUAUGUCAUUGUUCCUAUCGUUUGCUGGAGCCACUGGAACCUCCUGAUUCUAUGCCAUUUUGGUGAGAGUCUGCAGUCGGAAACCCAAAGACCAUGUAUGCUGUUGCUUGAUUCUCUUCAAGGUGCUGAUCCAGGGCGGUAUGAAAAAUAUAUAAGAAAAUUUGUACUGGACAUUUUUAUGGAAGAGGGAAGACCUGAGAAGAAAGAUCUUAUCUACCGAAUUCCUUUGUUGGUGCCUGAGGUGCCACAACAGAGAGAUGAUGUCGAGUGUGGUAACUUUGUUCUAUACUACAUUAACUUGUUCAUGGAAGGUGCUCCCGAGAAUUUCAGCACUGAGGGCUACCCCUACUUUAUGAAGAAGGAUUGGUUUUCCCCCAAGGGCUUGGAUUAUUUCUGCCAGAAACUGUACUCUUCUGCAACGUGAUGUUCGUAUGCUAACAGUGAAGGAGAGGUCCAUAGGUUCUGGUUGACUUAAUGCAAUUGUUUCUGUAAAGUGAUUAAGAUAUAAUCAGGUGAUUUAGGUGGAUUAAAAGUUAGUCUUAGGAUGACAAAGUAACGGCGGAAAAGUGUGUACUGAGAAACCUUUUGGUUAAUGAGAAAGGGAAGCCCUUAUGUUAUAGAUGUCGGCUCCUUCUCGACUGGCCUGUAAUUUUCUUAGAGAGAUGAUUUCGCUAAACGCAAUAUAGAGCUGUUAAUCAAAGUGUUGUGAUUA